AUUAUCACACACACAAAUUGUAAAUAGCCGGGAAUAAUAUUUUUCUAUUUUUUUUUUCAUUGCUGAAUGUGUUUGUUCGAAAAGAGUAGAAUGAUUGAAAAAUUUCGUGGAACACUUUAUGGACUUUUAGUAGGCGAUUGUUUUGGUCAAUUGUUUCAAGAGAGUUCAAUUUUACCAAAAGGAUCAAGGUUGGUGCUACGCAAGUUCCUCGAUAGCUUCGAAAAUGAGCCUGGAAAGAAAGGUAUUCGUAAACUGUACACAGAUGACACCGCCUUGACUCUGGCCGUUGCCCGAACAAUUGAAUCGUGUAAACAAAUAGAUCAAAAAAAUUUGGCCAUAAAUUAUGUGGAUGAAUUUUAUCGGAAUGUCUAUCGUGGAUUUAAUGCAUCGACCAUUGAAAUUUUUGCAAAGCUUAAACAUUCAAAUUUUGAUGAUGUUUUAUAUCCAGCCAAAGAAGUAUUGAACAGUAAUUCGGGUGAUAAUGGCUGUGCCAUGUUCAUUGCUCCGAUUGCACUUGUCUGCACAAAAAAUAAAAUGCUAAAUUUAAAUGAUGAAAUUCGUAAGGCAGCCGCUUUAACCCAUUCAAACGAUGAAAUGGCAGUGACCGGUGCUAUUCUUCUAGCAAAUGCAAUUGGUGCCCUCAUUGAAAGUAAAAAUAAUUUGGAUAUCGAUAAUUUUCUUUCCCACAUUUCGAAGAAAUUAAACUCUUCAAAGGGUGAUGACCGUUUGUUUGAAGAACAAAUUAAUGGAGUCAAGAAACUGCUUAAUGUCGAUAAUCCGUCAGAAGAGCGGAUCGUUAACGUUCUUGGACAUUCAGAACAAGCAAUAUUUUCAGUACCAACAGCUAUCUAUUGCUUUUUACGCAGCGUAAAACACAAAAACAAUAUGAAUCCUUUUCGACAAGUCGUUGAGUAUGCGAUACAAUUGGGCGGACAUUCAAAUACCAUCGCAAGUAUGUCUGGUGCAUUAUGUGGCGCUCACUAUGGAGAAGCAGUAAUAUCGCACAAUAUGUUAGACCAAUGUGAGGGUUUUGAUGAAAUCAAAGCCACCGCUGAACAUUUAUUCGAUGCAUUCAAAUAACUAUUGUAUAAAUUUAAACGAGAUAUUGACUGGUUUUUUAUUUGUAUAAAAAAUGUUAGUAAGAAAAGCAAUAUCGUUUUUAUCAAUAAAUAAGGAAAACGUA